AUGUCCAACUUUGAGCAAUUCCAACAGAAGUUGAGCCACUUUGGUCAGACGGUGUAUUCGUCUGCCUCUGCUAUGGGCCAUGCAGCUCACACUGCCUCGACACGCCAGCAUUUUUCGUCCGAAGAGCUUAUGAAGAUGGAGAAUGAGUAUGGUGCCCACAACUACCACCCGCUUCCUGUGGUCUUUGACCGCGCUCAUGGCUCGCGUGUAUGGGAUCCAGAGGGCAAGGAAUACCUGGAUUUCUUGUCUGCAUACUCAGCUGUGAACCACGGACACUGUCACCCCGCUGUGGUUGGGACGCUGAUUGCGCAAGCCCAGAAACUUACGCUGUCAUCUCGCGCCUUUUACAACUCGGUCUUCGCUCAGUUUGCCAAGCGUGUCACGGAACUUCUCAAGUAUGACAUGGUGCUUCCAAUGAAUACUGGUGCUGAGGCUGUGGAGACGGCCAUGAAGCUGGCUCGUAAGUGGGCGUAUGUCAAGAAGGGUGUGCCAGAAGACAAAGCUCGCGUAUUGAGCGCUACUGGCAACUUCCACGGCCGCACCAUCGGUGUGAUUAGUAUGAGCACUGAUCCUGACAGUCGCAACGGCUUUGGUCCCAUGCUCGAGCGUGUGGGUCCUGUCGUCGAUGAUAUCAAGAUCCGUUAUAACCAUGCCGAGGAUAUUGAAGCCGUGUUGGAGAAGUAUGGUAACGAGACGGCUGCUGUGCUGCUUGAGCCGAUUCAGGGUGAAGCUGGUAUCAUGGUGCCAGAUGACGACUAUUUCAAGAAGGUCGAGGCACUUUGCAAGAAGCACAACGUGCUCCUGAUCUGCGAUGAGAUUCAAACAGGUCUUGGUCGUACGGGUCGAAUGCUGUGCUGUGAUCACUAUGGAGUGCGUCCCGAUAUUGUGACGCUCGGAAAGGCACUGAGCGCUGGUGUUUACCCUGUCAGUGCUGUUCUUGCUGACAAGGACGUGAUGCUAUGCAUUCAGCCUGGUGAGCAUGGCAGUACAUACGGUGGCAACCCUCUAGGAUCGGCUGUGGCUAUCACGGCUCUCGACACGAUCGUCAAAGAAAACAUGUGUGAGCGUGCCGAGAAGCUCGGUGAGUCAAUGCGCUCGAGCUUGAAGCAGAUCCAGAAUCCACUUCUUCUUGAGGUGCGUGGUAAGGGUCUGCUGAACGCUAUUGUCAUUGACGAGACCAAGAGCACCAAAGGCCGUUCGGCUUGGGACCUCUGCCUUCUUCUCAAAGACAAGGGCCUUCUUGCUAAGCCCACUCACCAAAACAUCAUUCGCCUUGCCCCUCCCUUGGUCAUUUCAGAGGAGGAGAUGGAGCGCGGCAUCAAGAUCAUUACGGAGGCUCUCGACGACCUUGACAAGGUUGACACCAUCCCUGGCGCCGAGGCACACUAG